AUGCAGCCAAAAGUUGAUAGAAUUAAAAUUUCAACUCAGAUUUUCUAAUCUGCAAUCUAAGAGCUUGUUUAAUUCUUUAAUAUUGAUAUUUUCAAAUCAGUAGAGAUUAUUAUUAUUAUUAUUAGUUUUGAUUUAUUAAAGGAUGAUGUAUAAGUACAACCAGCUGGUCCAUCUGUUGAUUAAAAGUGUAAAUUUCUAUUCAUAAAGUUAGAUAAAUUAAAUAAUCUGUUAAUCUUAUUUUUGGAAAUUUGAAAGUCAAAGGUCAGUUGCCGCUUUUCAUAUCUGAAUAUUGA